AUGGAUAACCGUCCCAAUUUCCUCGUCAUCGUCGCCGAUGACUUGGGCUUCUCCGAUGUAGGCUGCUUCGGAGGAGAAAUCCGCACACCCAAUAUCGAUCGUCUUGCUUUAAAUGGGGGGUUACGUUUCACAGACUUUCAUGCUGCGGCCGCUUGUUCUCCCACCCGCGCCAUGAUCAUGACCGGGACAGACCACCACAUCGCAGGUCUCGGCAACCUGAUCGAAUGGACCAACAUCUCCGGUCAGAACGGACCCAGGGGCUCCCAGAUGAGCACUGCGCCUCAGCGCGGCAUGCCCGGUUAUGAGGGAUACUUGAACGAGCGCGUCGCCGCGCUACCCGAGUUGCUGCGGGAUGCGGGCUACCACACCGUCAUGUCGGGGAAAUGGCAUCUGGGCCUCACCCCGGAGCGCUCACCGCACAAGCGAGGCUUCGAGCGCUCCUUUGCCCAUCUGCCUGCUUGCUCGAACCACUAUGCCUACGAGCCCCAGCUCCAGGGGUCCGAUGGCACGCCAACCUUCCUCGAAGCGAGCUACAUCGCUCUCCACAUGGAAGAUGAUCACUACGUGAAGCGGUUGCCGGAGGGGUGGUAUUCGUCCGACGGAUACGGCGAUAAGAUGCUUCAGUAUCUCUCCGACUGGCACGAGAGGAAGGACGAGCGCCCCUUCUUCGCCUACCUGCCCUUCACGGCCCCGCAUUGGCCGCUCCAGGCGCCCCGCGAGUACAUCGACCAUUACCGCGGCGUCUACGACGACGGACCCGAUGCACUGCGCCUGAAGCGACUUCAGCGGCUCAAGGAGCUGGGGAUGGUCCGUCCAGACGUGGAGCCGCAUCCCGUCGUUGCGGACGAGGUCAAGGAAUGGGCCGACUACACCCCGGAGGAGAAGAAGAAGUCCUGCACCGCCAUGGAGGUCUACGCCGGCAUGGUGGAGUGCAUCGAUGCCAACGUCGGCAAGGUCGUCGACUACCUGGCCUCCAUCGGCGAGCUGGACAACACCUUUGUCUGCUUCAUGUCCGACAACGGCGCCGAGGGCGCCGCCUACGAGGCCUACCCCAUGGUCCAGAGUGGCGUCAUGCCCCAUCUCCAGAAAUACUACGACAACAGCCUCGAGAAUCUAGGCAAUGCCAAUUCGUUCAUCUGGUACGGGCCGCGCUGGGCGCAGGCCGCCACCGCCCCGUCCCGUCUGUACAAAGCCUACACCACUGAAGGCGGCGUCCGCGUCCCCUUCCUGGCCAGGUUCCCCAGCAACGUGUUUGUGGCGCGGAGUGGGAUUACAGACCAGUUCGCAACGGUCAUGGAUCUCGCACCGUCGAUCCUUGACAUGGCCGGAGUCAAGCAUCCGGCUCCCACGUACCAAGGCCGCGAAGUGGUCCCCAUGCGCGGCAAGAGCUUCUACCCGUGGGCACGAGGCGAGUCGGAACGGAUUCACGAGAGGGACUUCAUCCAAGGAUGGGAGACCUGCGGCCGGGCGGCGCUUCGGUUCGGUGACUGGAAGAUCGUGUAUAUUCCAAAACCCAAAGGUCCCGAGCGAUGGCAGCUGUACAAUCUGGCCGACGAUCCGGGAGAGGUUCACGACCUAGCUGAUGUGCAUCCCGAGCGGUUGAAGCAGUUGCUGAAGCUGUGGGAUCAGUACGUGAUCGAGACGGGUGUGAUUCCUCUGAAUCCGGAUCUGGGUGACUUCAUCGAGGCGACCGAGGCGCAGAUGCCAGAGAAUGCCUGGAUGGAGUAUGAUUACUGGAAGCAGGGGGCUCGCGAUGAGCCUGAAAAGUUCAUGCGGAAGCCACAGCGGUUCCAGAGAGCGGUCAAGCAGUUUUAG